AUGUUACCAUUGAGCAGACUUCUCCUUUACCUUUUCUUACCAUCAAUCUUCGCCAAAGUGACAUACUUUAACCUAGAGAACACGUAUGGACCGUACUGUAAUCCGAGAAACAAAUUCACACCAGACGCCGGCAUCGUCCGUUAUGCUGGUACACCAUGGAUUGGCCGAUGCGUAUUGAAUAUCGAAAGUUGUUGUCUGCCGGAGUUUCCAAAUGGUACAUUGAUUCCAAAUGUAUCGAUCUCCACGCGAUUUUAUAUGCAUUUACUUGUGCCACCGCUGUGUUUAACAGAGAAUGUGACUGUCAUUGCUGGAACAGAAGAAACGAUUCAUAUUAAUUGUAAUACGCCCAAUGGAAGCGAAUAUUAUUUUGACACGGAACGUUUAACGAUUCUGUAUCAUCGGUCAGAAAAGUUACCAUUGUCAAAAUUCUCGAUGAUUGUCACGCCAUUAAAAUUGAAAACACGGAUGUACACUGCAUGUGGCUUCGAUUGCUUUUCGGAUACUCAUUGCAUCGAGCAAAGUCUGGUUUGUGACCGGUAUCGAAAUUGUCCGAACGGUGUUGAUGAAGCUAAUUGCGAAUACAGUCACCAUCAUGAACCAUUGUCAUUUCGUGGAAAGAUCAUUCUUUUCUUUAUACUGAUGAUAAUCAUGUCAGUGGCUGUAUCCAUUAUAUUUGGCUGCUAUUUCUGUUGUAAAGUAAACAAGAACAACAAUCGCCUUAGUUUUAUCACACGUGAUCGAAAGUCAAUUGCCGGUGCUGACUUCGAAGAAAUUCGUGCUGUUCAUUCUCCAUUAAUACCAUCGACAACUCUCGAGAAGGUCUAA